CUGUUUUCUCAUUACGCGGGAAGCAACGACGCGUCCACCGGAAAGUCUGAAUUACUUAUCUAUUAAAAGCAGAUACGAACUGAAAAAUGGUCGAGCGGAUCGAGGAUCUUAAUUUGCCAAACGCCGUGAUUGCCCGGCUUAUCAAGGAGUCGCUGCCGGAGUCGGCCAGCGUCAGCAAGGAGGCUAGAGCUGCGAUUGCUCGUGCAGCAUCCGUAUUCGCAAUUUUUGUGACCUCCUCAUCGACGGCCCUAGCACACAAGCAAAACCACAAGACGAUUACAGCCAAGGAUAUCCUACAGACUCUCGGCGAGCUGGACUUUGAGAGCUUCGUACCAUCGCUCACACAAGACCUUGAAGUCUAUCGCAAAAUGGUUAAGGAAAAAAAGGAAAUCAAGGCCAGCAAGAAGGACACGAGCACCACCGAAAACGCGAACGCCAGCACUACCGCACCCACCGAGGAAGCGACCAACGAGUAAUCGCCCAAAGUCUUUAUUACCCGGAACUAUUACCAAUUUUAGUCCUUAAGCAUAAAGCUAGUAUAUAGCAUAAGUGAAGUACAUUAAAUAUAAUCAGUAUCUGAG